CUCUUCUCCACACACACACAUGCGCCUCUCUCUGCAGCUUAAUGACGAUGCUUCUGAAGAGGUGACGACCGCCGGACCCCGAAACACAUUCCCCCGGCAAUGGCAAACAAAUAAACCUGGCCUGAAUCAGCUGCUGCAUCUCCGAAAACAUGGCGAGGAGAAGGCGGUGAGAGCUCAAGAAAGAAGCUUUCCUUGGACGGAGGCGAGCCCACGUCGCUCCCUUGUCUCGUAAGAGGAUAAAGAGAAAGGGAAAGCGAGCUAUUUAAAGGGCGGACUGGUUGGACUACCCACCGGCCACACCAUGAGCGGAGGGCCGGAUGAGAGCUCGGUGCGCGUCGCCCUGAGGAUCCGUCCUCAGUUGGCCAAAGAAAAGAUCGAGGGCUGCCACAUCUGUACCUACGUGAUGCCCGGGGAGCCACAGGUGUUUCUGGGUAAGGACAAGGCCUUCACCUAUGACCAUGUCAUGGACAUGGACUCCCAGCAGGAAAGCAUCUACACCCACUGCACCGAGAGUCUCAUCGAAGGCUGCUUUGAGGGCUACAACGCCACCAUCUUUGCAUACGGACAGACAGGGUCGGGGAAGACGUACACCAUGGGAACCGGCUUCGACGUCAACAUCGGAGAGGAAGAGCUGGGUAUCAUUCCCCGCGCCGUCAACCACCUGUUCAGGGGGAUCGAGGAGCGCAGACAGGCGGCCACCGAGCAGGGCCGGCCUGUUCCCGAGUUCAAGAUCAACGCACAGUUCCUGGAGUUGUACAACGAGGAGGUGCUAGACUUGUUCGACUCGACGCGAGACAUCGAGGCCAGGAAGAUGCGAUCCAACAUCAAAAUCCACGAGGACGCCAACGGAGGAAUCUACACCGUGGGGGUGACCACCCGCACCGUCUCCUCUGCAGCUGAGAUGAUGCAGUGUCUGAAGCUGGGCGCUCUGUCUCGUACCACGGCCAGCACUCAGAUGAACUCCCAGAGUUCACGCUCUCACGCCAUCUUCACCAUCCACCUGUGCCAAGUUCGAGUCUGCUGUCCUGACAACGACGAAAAUGAAACAGACAACCGUCUAGCAGGCGAGUCAGAGAUUAAUGAGUUUGAGACGCUAUCGGCUAAGUUCCACUUUGUGGACCUGGCUGGUUCUGAGAGACUGAAGAGGACUGGAGCCACAGGAGACAGAGCUAAAGAGGGCAUCUCCAUCAACUGUGGGCUGCUCGCUUUGGGAAACGUCAUCAGCGCUCUGGGAGACAGGAGUAAGCGAUCCACUCACGUGCCGUACAGAGACUCCAAACUGACCCGGCUGUUACAGGAUUCACUAGGAGGAAACAGUCAAACGGUGAUGAUCGCCUGUAUCAGCCCGUCCGACCGGGAUUUCAUGGAGACCUUAAACACUCUGAAGUACGCCAACAGAGCCCGAAACAUCAAGAACAAAGUGAUAGUGAACCAGGACAAAGCCAGCCAGCAGAUCAGCGCCCUGAGGACGGAGAUAGCCCGACUGCAGAUGGAGCUGAUGGAGUACAAGACGGGGAAACGUAUGGUGGGUGAAGAUGGCAUAGAGGGCAUCAACGACCUGGUCCAUGAGAACUCCAUGCUGCAAACAGAGAACAACAACCUGAGGGUGAGAGUGAAGGCCAUGCAGGAGACCAUCGACGCCCAGAGAGCCAGACUCACACACAUCCUCAGUGACCAGGCCAACCAGGUGCUGGCUAGAGCAGGUGAAGGCAGUGAAGAGAUUGCCAACAUGAUUGAAAACUACAUUAAAGAAAUCGAGGAGCUCAGAGCUAAACUCCUUGAGAGCGAGGCAGUGAACGAGAACCUGAGGAAAAGUCUUGCUCGGGCCUCAACGCGCUCCUCGCUGUACACCGGCCCCGGCAGCUCCUUCUCCACCGAGAAGGAGGCCAGUGACGUCAUCGAGAUGGCCAAGAAAAGCCUGGAGAGACUCAAGAAGAAGGAGAAGAAAAAGAAGAAGAGACUAAGGCGAUGUGAGGCGAAUCACCAGCAAGCGGUUGAACACACCAGUGUCAUCAAAGAGGAAGUGCCGGACAAUGACCACGAGCGAGGCAACGACGAGACAGAGGAGGUCAGUGACCAUGAAGAAGGCGAGGAUCCAGAUGGAGAGGAGGAGGACUUUGACAUGGCCGGAGAAGAAACGUCUGAGGAGUCCGACUCUGAAGACCAGGAGGAGAAAGAAAACGUACAGGCAGACCUGGCCAACAUCACCUGCGAGAUCGCCAUCAAGCAGAAGCUCAUCGACGAGCUGGAGAACAGUCAGCGGCGUCUGCACACUCUCAAGCAGCAGUACGAACAGAAGCUGACGAUGCUGCAGAACAAGAUCAUAGACACACAGCUGGAAAGGGACAAGGUGCUGCAUAAUAUGGGUUCAGUGGGGUCGGGUACCGAUGAGAAGGCCAAGAAGAUUAAAACGGAGUAUGAGAAGAAGCUGAGCUCCAUGAACAAGGAGCUGCAGAAGCUGCAGUCGGCUCAGAAGGAGCACGCCCGCCUGCUGAAGAACCAGUCGCAGUACGAGAAGCAGCUCAAGAAGCUCCAGCUGGAUGUGACCGAGAUGAAGAAGACCAAGGUGGUGCUGAUGCGUCAGAUGAAGGAGCAGCAGGAGAGGAACAGAGCCACGGAGUGCAAGAGGAACAGGGAGAUCGCCUCUCUGAAGAAAGAGCACCGCAGAGCCGAGCACCAACUAAAGCAGAUGGAGGCCCAUAAGAGACAACAGGAGUUGAUUCUUCGCAGAAAGAAUGAAGAGGUGACUGCUCUAAGGCGGCAGGUGAGGCCGCUGUCUGGGAAAGUGAGCAGGAAGGUGACACCUGAACCUCUGCAGGAGUCUUAUAGAGCCACCCCAGGAAGGAUGCAUGCAUCUGGAGCGUCUCCUGCUAAUGGAGCCAGGAGUUCCCCAGUGCGGAUGGGAAGUAUCUACAUCAACAGGACGGCCAGGACCAAAUGGCAGUCACUGGAGAGACGUGUCACUGACAUCAUCAUGCAGAGGAUGACCAUCUCUAACAUGGAGAGUGAAAUGAACAGACUGCUGAAGCAACGGGAGGAGCUGACCAGGCGGCGGGAGCGUGUGUCCAGAAAGAGAGAAAAGACGGCGGUGGAUGGUGCAGAUGCCGACCGUUCCCUGGCCUCCCUGAACGAGGAGCUGGAGUCCCUGAGCGCCAACAUCGACUACAUCAACGACAGCAUCGCCGACUGCCAGGCUAACAUCAUGCAGAUGGAGGAGGCCAAGGAGGAAGGAGACACAGGAGAUGUGAUCGCUGUGAUCAGCUCCUGUAAUUUAUCAGAGUCCCGCUUCCUUCUGGAUCAUUUCAUGACCAUGGCCAUCAAUAAGGGUCUGCAGGCGGCUCAAAAGGACUCCCAGCUGAAGGUGAUGGAGGGCAGGUUGAAGCAGACCGAGAUCAACAGCGCCACCCAGAACCAGCUGCUGUUCCACAUGCUGAAGGAGAAAGCGGAGAUCAACCCGGAGCUGGACGCUCUGCUGGGCAGCGCUCUGCAAGAGAACGGAGAUGACAGCAGUAGUGACGAGUCAACCCCAAGUCCAGCCACGGAGGGCAGCACACUGGCAUCGGAUCUAUUGAAGUUAUGUGGUGAAACCAGACCAAGAGGCAAGGCUCGCAGACGGACCACCACCCAGAUGGAGCUGCUGUACGCCGGCAGUGGGGAUGCAUCUUGUGAAUCCCCCACCGGAGACUUCCCCCUGCUGCCCCUCUCAGAGCGCCUGGAAGGGUCUACAGACAUGCAGGGUCACGCUCUCAGUCAAACCCCAGACUGCGAGCAAACUGUUUCUCCAUCUGCACUGUUGGCCCGACCAGCAGGCGUUUCUGGAUCCAGGUCACCUACAGGGACGGAGAGAAUGCCAGUGGAGCGCUCGCCAUUCAGUCGGCGGAAGGUGCAAGAGAAAGGCGCCACGGCAACGCACAUCCCAGGACCCAUACACACACAUCCGCCUAGCACAGCAGAGGCUAAAACUAAAGGCAGUGACCACAAAGCGCUGUUGGAGGAGUCCCCUGUAUAUGAAGGCCAUAGAGGUGUGAUCAACCCUGUGACGGCCCAGAAGAACAGCCGCGGAGCCAAACUGCAGUGUGUGUACGUAGCAGAGGGCCACACCAAACCUGUUCUCUGCGUAGAUGCUACAGAUGAUUUGCUCUUCACAGGAUCCAAAGACCGUACGUGUAAAGUGUGGAACUUGGUGACGGGUCAGGAGAUCAUGUCUCUCGCAGAUCAUCCCAGCAGUGUCGUCUCAGUCAGGUACACUUCUAGUCUCGUCUUCACUGUGUCCACCGCUUACGUCAAAGUGUGGGACAUACGAGACUCCGCCAAGUGUAUCCGCACGCUAACGUCGUCGGGACAGGUGGGUUCAGGAGACAUCUGUUCGUCUGUCAGGAGUUUAUCCAUCCCAGCAGGAGAGAGUCAGAUCAACCAGAUCGCUCUCAACCCUUCAGGCUCCUUCCUUUAUGCCGCCGCUGGCAACGCUGUGCGCAUGUGGGACCUCCGCAAGUUUGCAUCCACAGGGAAGCUCACUGGCCAUCUGGGACCUGUCAUGUGUCUCACUGUUGAAAAAUUAAGUAACGGACAGGAUGUUGUCCUCACUGGAUCCAAAGACCAUCACAUUAAAAUGUUUGAGGUGGCAGAAGGCGCUCAGGGCAGCAUCAGCUCCAGCCAAUCGUUCGAUCCCGCUCAUCAGGACGGGGUGGAGUCUCUGGUGGUGCGCGGGGAUGUUUUCUACAGCGGCUCCAGAGACUUCUACAUCAAGAAGUGGGACUUAGCCAGUAAACAGCUGCUACAGCAGUCUGUCAGUGCACAGGCAGACUGGGUCAGCGCUAUGGGCAUGGUGCCAGGCUCUCCGGUGCUCCUCAGUGGAUGCAGAGGAGGGUUGCUACGCCUCUGGCACGCCGACUCACUAGCGCCCCUCGGCGAGGUCCGGGGACACGACAGUCCCAUCAACGGCCUGGCCACAAAUAGCAGCCAACUGUUCACUGCCUCAGAUGAUCGCACAGUAAAGAUUUGGGAAGCCAAAGGAUCGCUAGAGGAAGGAGUCCACUGACACCUGCCUCCAAAUCAUCACCUGAUAUCAAGGAUCAUCUACAGGCCUUCAUUUAAUCAAAAUGAGUCAUUUGUGAAGCAGCUACAUCACCCAUGACUCGAUGAAGUGUUGGAUAGGAUAGUUAUAAUUCCCGAAAGUGUGAAAAAAAAGUAUUUUAACAACACUAAUAUUUCAGUGAUUCUCCACAGGGAACAGUUUCAGGGAGGUCUAAUUAUAUGUGAAGGCUCUCAGUCUAAAAAAGCUGAGUAUAUUUACUGAUAUUUUAGGUCAAGACCAAUCACAGUGGAGCCCCUCUAAAACUCCAAGGACUACAGAACAGCUGAGAUGGACAGCAGCUUUCAUAACUGCAACAAAAACAACACAAUUGAUAUUGACUUCGGUGUCAAUCGAUCCAGGAGUCGCUCCUGUGCUUUCAGCAUUCCUCUUCUCUUUUCAGCGCUAGACAACAUGGAUACCUUCUAUGCAUAUUUCACUGUAGCUGGAAAGACAAAAAAACGUGUAGUGGUGAAAUGCUUUGCUUCCUUGCACCAAUUGUUGAUUACCUAUAGAGUCCUAAAACAUGCAGAUGUCCGCCUCACCAGCAACAACUGUGAGUCUAUCCUACAGUAUGUGUUCACAUGAUGCGUGAUGUGUUGUGUCCUCCUGUAUUGCUCUCCAGUUCGUUCAAGGUGUGUGAGCUCCCUGUAACCAAGGAACAAAUAACUACUGAAGCUGCGUAUGGUCUUAUUCUUCAGCUGUUACUGCCAAACCCUCUUAUGAGAGGCCUCUAAAUACAACAUAUCCUGCUCCUUUAACAGGACCUAAUAAAUAAAACGUGUUGCAUAGUAUUCAUCCUAUCAACUGCUGACUGAUAUUGUGUAUUCAAAAUAAUGUGUUUCAUGGCUCUUCAAUGCUAUUCGUAUAAGCCUACUGCCUUACAAAACCCAAACGCAGUAACUGCAAACAGAAUAUUUCCUUUAGCUUUCUUGUCCAUUUUCAAUGAUGAACUAGGUUCAUUUGCAGAAUGAUUAAACACAUACAGAUGUGUGAUUUAAAGUAGCUUGACCAGAACACAUCAUGUAGAUUCAGAGACAGCAGAUAAUGCUACUCAGGUAUGCUGGACUUGUCAGCUUUUUGCCAGUUUAUUUUAACUGGUUUGGUUUAUUCCUCAAUUACAAUCUUGUUUAGCUACCAACCUUAUGUACUGUAUGUGGAUUUAAAAAAUCUGAUUUUAAAAACAGGAAACAGAAAAAAGAAUGAAUUAGCUUUCACUAGCUAGCCUCUUUUAGCUAGCCCAACUAUUUAGCGUUACCUGGCAUUUACCUCCAAGUUUUCAGUUUUUUUAAAAUUCUGUGGCAUAAUGAUUUUGUAGGUAAAACAGAUGUCAAAAGUAACAUUCAACAAGUACAUUUUAAACAAGUAGAUGCUGCGUUUUGGCUUUGUAGGGCAGCAUAGCUUUUCAAGAGAUACUUACCCUACAUAUACACCCUUAUCUGUGAAUCAUUGUGUUAAAACCCAGGCAGUUACAUCUGGAUUAAAAUGACACAAGCUGCCUCAAUGUUUUUCCAAAUGGCUUCAAUAUUUCAGUCAGUGAUGUAUUCACAAAUAGCAGAUGGGUUUCUGCUUUCAGUAUUCUCUUGGUGAUAGACAGACAGUUUUCCUUAAGCAUUUAGUUUCCUUCGCUGAAUCUUUUUGGCUUUCCUGUCAGCAUGCUCGCGUCUGGCAAGGACAUUUCACUUCCAUUAAAAGGUUACCCACUGAGAUUUACUUUCCCUAACCUUAAGCACCUGUGCAAGUAUGAUUUAAGCAGCAAGUGCUUUAAGAAAACGUUUGCUGGAGUUUUGGCAGUUUCGUGAGAAGAGAGGCUGUUCGUAAAAUCAUGAAAGCACCUUGAAAUUCCUAAUCAUGGGACAUGAGGUGUAUUUUGUGAAAGCAUCUACCCCUGAGAGAUCUGUGUGUGUCUUCAAUCCAAACGAGGCAAAACGUUCUCAUUAUGUCAUUUCUCAGUCCUGUUCAUUUUAGUGUUUGCACAAAUGCUUCAAUACUCAUAUCAGACAUCAUCCAAUCUUUAAAAUGUGAGUCUUAAUUUAUUUAUUUGUUUUAUCGAUUUUGCUGAUGUGUCUUCCUUGUUGAUCAGAGAUUUCUCAGUCCUGCCUCUGAUGUCCUAUCAUUGUUGAAGAUGAAAUGCGUGGAAUACACCAAGAUGGAUUUCUGAAUAAUCAGAUUUGUAUUUUCAGUGCCUGUAAUAAAUACAACUUUGGAAAGUGACUGUAUUGAUUGGAUGUUCGAGGUAUGUUAGCGAUGCUCUAGUUAAUAGGACUAAAAUAAUUGCACUGAAAAAUCAAAUUAUUCCCCUUUGCCUCAUAGCAAUAGUGAACAGAUCCAUGACUGAAACUGGUUUUCAGUUUUCACUUGAAUUGCUAAAAGAAUGAUUUGGGUGUUUCUACUUCCUAAUGAAUCUGCUUCAAAUCACAAUGAUCCUUUUUAUUGUAGUCUUAUUUUGAAAAAUUGACUGUAUAUCUGUUCUGUAAAUACGACUGUUGUUUUCUCCCUGCUGAUUCUCGUGCACAAUUUCUAGUAAUUGAAAUAUCUGGUGCAGUGUGAAAAUACAUUUUAAAGCAAUAAAAAAAUGUUUUACAAGA